AUGGGUUCAGUGCCUCCAUCUCCCGCUUAUGGCAAACGACUGAUCCCGGUCGAGAUUGACAAAAUUGCACGAGACGAACCGGAUCGGGUGCUCUUCUAUCUUCCCCGCAAUAACCAGCCUUCACAGGGAUACGACGUGGUGACCACAAGCAUAUUUGCCAAUGCCAUCAAUAGAGUGUGUUGGUGGCUUCAGUCCGAAGUGGGAACAGAGCCCAAGACAAUUGGCUACGUUGGACAGAAUGACAUAAGAUACCUGCUUCUGGUCGUGGCGGCCACAAAACUUGGCAAUAAGGUCCUCCUAUCCUCGCCGCGGAAUAGUCCCGAAGUACAUCUCUCUCUGGUCAAGCAGUCUGACUGCAAGUUCUGGAUUACCACACCGGGUGUUCCCAAGUUCGACUUUAUUGGGGUGCCGCUAAUUCGAAUCCCUGAAGUCAAUGAACUUCUAGAUUCCAAAGCCGUCAAGCCGUAUGUAUAUGACAAGGAAUGGCAAGAAGGACGUGAUGAUACCCUGUGUCUGCUUCACACCACUGGUUCGACCGGCCUGCCGCGACUGAUACCGAUCACACUGGCGGCCGCAUCUUCUGGUGAUGCGCUUGGCGGGAUGAAGCGCAUCCAGGGAAAAUUGCCCACUUUGGCGGAGUGGGCGGGCACCAAAAUGCUGAACGCAUUGCCUUUAUUCCAUGCUGCUGGACUCAGUUUCAGCUUGUUCUGUGUCAUUUUCUUCAGAUUCAGUGUCGUCUUUCCGCCUCCAGGGCCGGUCAUGCAAAAUAUGGUCGAAGAAACCCUCGAUAACAUUGAUCUUGAUUCUGCCUUUAUGACGCCCCUCGUUCUCAUAGACAUUGCCAACACGCCUCGCAUCUUAGACAAACUCGCAAAACUCAAGUUUGUCACAUCUUCAGGUGGUCCUGUUCCGCCGCCCGUGGGCAAUAUUAUCAACCCCCGUGUCCCUAUCAUGCAGACAAUGGGUAUGACCGAGGGCUUGGUAGUGCCGUCUGUGACUACGCAUCCCGAUGAGUGGGCGUAUUACCAUUUCCAUCCGGAUUGCGGCUUCGAGAUGCGACCUUAUUCGGAUACGUUGUACGAGUUGGUGUUUGUGAGGAGAAAGGAGCUGGCAGCCACUCAGACUAUCUUCCUAACGUUCCCCGAUCUGGACUUGUACGAAACAAAAGACUUGUACUCACGCCAUCCGACAUUCCCUGAGCUGUACAAGUACGAGACACGCAAAGAUGAUCUCGUCGUGAUGGCAACAGGAGAAAAAUUCAACCCCGCAGCGGCCGAAUUCCAGUUGGCUCACCACCCCUGGCUUGCCGCCGUCUACAUUGCCGGCCAGGGUCGUUUUCAGACGGCCGCGCUGCUCAAUCCGGCACAGGAUCAAUCGGAGGUGUCCGACGAUGAGAUUUUGGAAGAGGUCUGGCCAACCAUUGAAACUAUCAACAAGGCUCUGCCCGCUUUUGCUCAGCUUCAUCGCAACUUUAUUCGAAUUGUUCGCACACCCUUUCCACGCACGCCCAAGGGCACAGUAGCACGCUAUGGGAUUGAUCGGAUCUAUACCAAGGAGCUUGAAGACAUCUACAAAAAUUCGGAUAACUCGGAGCCUUCAACCUCUUUGCCGGUGGGUACUUUGCAGGUCGAUGGGAGUAGCGAGGAAACUAUCCGUAACGGUAUCCGGGAAGCCAUUCAGAUUGUGUCGCCGGAUUUGGAGCUCGAACUGGUCAAGGAUGAUGACAACCUUCUCGUACAUGGAUUUGACUCUCUCCAAGUCACCCGACUUUCGAGACUUCUCAGCUCUUCUAUCCAAACUAACCCGGGUAUGAUAUAUGCGAAUCCUUCCAUAACCCAGCUGGCACAUGUACUGUGGACGCAGCUGCAGGGCUCCGGACAAGGCCAGCAAGAAACAGAUACAGCGGACCUCCUCCGCACCAAGGCUGUAACCCAGACCAUUACCAAGCAUUUAUCGUCUUUCACGUUGUCCCGAGACCCAAAAGAAUACAUCAUCCUCACAGGCACGACAGGAGCUAUUGGCUCCUAUCUUCUUGAUGCUCUGUGCAAGAACAAUCGCGUUGCCAAAGUCUGGUGCUUGAACCGCAGCAGCACGGAGGAUGCGGUCCGCCGACAAACCGAAAUAGCCAAGUCAAAGGGAUUGUCUUUGAACUGGAAGGGUAAAGUUCAGUUUGUCCAGAUGGAUUUGGCAUCAGAGUCUCUUGGUCUGAGCCAAGCAGACUUGAAAGAGAUUAGAAACCAAGCAACGACUAUAAUUCAUAAUGCCUGGGAAGUCAACUUCAAUCUCCCUCUGUCCUCUUUUGAGACACAGCUCAUCGGGCUCCAAAGCCUGGUCCGUAUCUGCACAGAGACUCAGAAUAAGAUUCGCUUUUUCUUCGUUUCCUCCAUCAGCGGCGCCAUGAAUUGGCCCUCUCACCUCUUGGGUCCUAUACCUGAGGCUAAACUAACAAAUCUUGAUGCCUCCAUCAACGGUUACGGCGCCUCCAAGCUUGUAGCUGAGCAUCUGCUCGGUAAAGCUGCCCAAUCGGGCGCACUGCGUCUCUCGGUCCUGCGCGUAGGUCAAGUUGGAGGACCCGUCGCGACUCGUGGAGAAGGUAGCAUAUGGACGCGGAGGGAUUGGGUGCCAGCGAUCAUAGACGCAUCAGCGUAUAUCGGCAAGCUGCCUGCGAACUUGGGCGGCGCUACGGCUCUCGACUGGAUUCCCAUCGAUCUGUUGGCCGAGGUCAUGAGUCAGCUAAUUGAUUCAGAUGCAACAUCAACGGGCGUUAGCCAAGAAGUAGAAACUUAUUACAACAUCGUCAACCCUCGAACUGUUAGCUGGAUUUCACUGCUGCCCACUGUACAGGCCCGUCUGGAGACAGCUCUGUCGCCAAAGAAGGUGCAGGUCGUUCCCUUUUCUCAGUGGCUAGAGGACCUGGAGAAGGCCGAAGACGCGAUCGUCAAGGAGGCGGAGAAGAAGAACGGGUCAACUGUUUCUCAGGUUGCGGCAAGCCGAGCGCAGACAGGGCUCAAAUUGUUGUCCUUUUUCCGGGCGAUGGCAAAAUCUUCUGACGAUGAUGCUGUUGCGGCAGCAUCAUCCACCCCGAACUGGGCUGUUGGCAAUGGCUUGGCACGAAGCUCUGUCUUUGCCCAGUUGACACCUGUGUCUCCCGCCUGGUUCGAGACUUGGCUAGAUCAAUGGGGCUACUAA